AUGUCUAAUUAUAAUAGAAUAAGAUUUUUAAAUUCAUUUAUCAGCAGUCUUAGAACAAAGAAGCACGUUGUCGUCACUGAUACUCAACAGAGACGUGGUGCCUCUGUUUCUAUCCUUUUGAGACUAAAGAGCAAUGAAACCAAUACCAUACCUAUUAGUAAUGUAUUAUAUAUCGUUAUCAUAAAACAACAAAGUUUCUCGGAAUGUUUGAGUAAAUACCUCAAGACAUCGAUCGAUAUGACCAAUGGUGACCUUACAGUUCAAGUACUAUUCGCAAAGAAAUCACAGAGAGGAAAACGUAGAGGUGAAGUCUGUUUUCCUGGUGGUCAUUUAGAGAAAGGUGAAUCACCACUUGAUGCUGUGGAGAGAGAAGCACAAGAAGAAGCUGGUUUAAACUUGAAGGAUAUUCGUAACUAUUCAUUACUUGGUAGAUUAGAUGAUAGAAUAACAUUCGAUCAAUUGGUAUUAUAUACUUUUGAUGAUUUCGGAUGGGUAGAUAUCGAUCAUUUCUUGACGGAGAGCAGUGCCGACAGUAAAUGGAGUCCAAUCAUCGAGUUUCAUUCACUUACAUCGAUGUCACAGAGAAGAAUAGUCAAUCCUAUCUUGAAAUCUUUGUUCAGAACAUUCAGGGUGCCCGUUACAAGAUUACCGAUUCAAACAUCGACAUUCAAUCUUUGGGGACUCUCAUUGGAACUUACCAGUGAGCUCGUAAAGACAGUCGUUAAAUCAUCCAAUAUUCCAUCGAUCGAAGAGUCAAACAAUCGUAUCAUGUAUCAUAUAUUCCACCAUCCAAUUCCCUAUCUAGCGUUGUUAGCAGUAUCGAUUCCAACUGCUAUCUAUUUCAUAGCGACAAAUAAUAAAAAUAAAAGAUUUAUUUAA